ACGCCGCCUGACGCGGCCGGCGCUGCGGGCCGCGGGGCGGGCAGGCGUCGAGCCGUGAGUGUGCGCUUUUGGCCGCGCCGCCGCCGGCAUGAGCUACGACCGCGCCAUCACCGUCUUCUCGCCCGACGGCCACCUCUUCCAGGUGGAGUACGCGCAGGAGGCCGUGAAGAAGGGCUCCACCGCGGUGGGCGUGCGAGGGAAGGACAUCGUAGUCCUUGGGGUGGAGAAGAAGUCAGUGGCCAAGCUGCAGGAUGAGCGGACGGUGCGCAAGAUCUGCGCGCUGGACGACAACGUGUGCAUGGCCUUCGCGGGCCUCACCGCCGAUGCCAGGAUCGUCAUCAACAGGGCCCGGGUGGAGUGCCAGAGCCACCGGCUGACUGUGGAGGAUCCGGUCACCGUGGAGUACAUCACCCGCUACAUUGCCAGCCUCAAGCAGCGCUACACGCAGAGCAACGGGCGACGACCGUUCGGCAUCUCGGCCCUGAUCGUGGGCUUCGACUUCGACGGCACCCCGAGACUCUAUCAGACCGACCCCUCGGGCACCUACCAUGCCUGGAAGGCCAAUGCCAUCGGCCGGGGCGCCAAGUCCGUCCGCGAAUUCUUGGAGAAGAAUUACACAGACGAAGCCAUUGAGACAGACGACCUGACCAUCAAACUGGUCAUCAAGGCCCUUCUGGAAGUGGUUCAGUCAGGAGGCAAGAACAUUGAACUGGCUGUCAUGAGGCGGGACCAGCCCCUGAAGAUUUUAAAUCCGGAAGAGAUUGAGAAAUACGUGGCUGAAAUCGAGAAAGAAAAGGAAGAAAAUGAAAAGAAGAAACAGAAAAAGGCUUCGUGAGGCGUCAGUGUGCCUGUGGCAGUUUUUUAAAAUUAAAUCAUGGUUUCACAGAAUGACGUGCGGCUGCUGUCCGCCUGGACGUCCAGGGGCCCUCAAUAAAGUCCAUGUUUUUUAGCCUUGA